AUGACACUGAAGUGGCUCCCUGUGCAAGCUAACACAGGCUCCAUGAUUGUGGCCGGACUGGUCACAGUUGUGGUCACCUACCUACUGGUCAAGAUCAUCAAGUUUAUCCCCUACUUUAGGUUCUUCCAGGCACUUCCUGGAGUGUCCAGCUACUCCCUCAUAUUUGGGAACAUUCAUAUGAUACCCAAAGAUGGGGAAGGUAGAAUUGCCUUUUGUCGUGAGUUGAUGGACAAUCACCAUGGUAAAUAUGCUCGUAUUUGGUGGGGGCCGUUCUGGCCAAACCUGGUCGUCUACCACCCGGAGACGGUCAAGGUCAUCCUAAAGUCAUCAGAACCCAAACCUCGAGGCUUUGGCCAGAGCUACGAACUGGCCAUUCCAUGGAUCGGCGAGGGGCUGAUCGUGUCUAAUGGUGCCACCUGGGCCAGGGCAAGGCGACUGCUGACACCAGCCUUCCACUUCGAUGUUCUCAAACAUUAUGUGGAGGUUUACAACCAGGCUGUAGACACUCUGAUUGAGAAGUUAGACAAACUGGCAGACUCCGGUGAAAGCUUUGACGUCUGCCCGAUGAUCACUUUGUGUACCUUGGAGAUCAUACUCAAAUGCGCCAUGAGCUAUGACGUCGAUGUCCAGAGACAAGGAAACCUGGAGUAUGCCCGAGCGGUCAACGAACUGUUGGAGGGUUGGAGCACUAGAAGCAGAACUCCGUACAUUUGGCCAGAUUGUAUUUUCUACCUAACUCCAAGUGGACGCCGGUUUUUAAAAAGCUGUAACUAUGUUCACAAUGUGGCAGAAGAGAUCAUCGACAAACGGAGACAGCUUCUGGAGAAGGAGGGUCAGCCAGAAGGUCGCCGUCUGGACUUUCUGGACAUUCUGCUGAUGGCCAGAGACGAAGAUGGACAUCCGAUGACCACGUUAGAGAUUAGAAAUGAAGUGGACACAUUCAUGUUUGCAGGUCAUGACACCACAGCUGCAGGAGUGCCCUGGAUUCUCUACACUCUAGCACAGAGCCCAGAGUACCAGGCCAAAGUUCAGGCGGAGCUGGAUGCAGUGCUGCAUGGCAGAGACACCCACCACAUCCAAUGGUCGGAUCUUGCCAACCUACAGACCCUCCAACUCUGCAUCAAGGAAAGCCUCAGACUCUACCCACCUGUGCCAUUCACUAUGCGAGAACUAACGCAGCCAACAGAAAUAGACGGAAAAACCAUCCCUCCGGGGACACUUAUUACGACAGCUAUCGUCAACCUACACAGAAACUCUCUGGUCUGGCAGGAUCCGGAUGUGUUCUGGCCUGAAAGAUUCCUGCCAGAAAAUCUGAAGGACGUUGACAGCUUCUCGUUUAACUUUGCACUCAAUGAGGAGAAGGUUCUCAUUGCUAGGAUCCUACACAGAUACAAGGUUGAGCUGGCCCCAGACGCAGCAGCUGUUCAACGGUCAGCCACCGUGAUACUGAAGAGCGACAACGGAAUCUGGCUGCGGUUUAAGAGGCGCUAA